UUCCUAUAUGACUAUAGCGUCUACUCUUGAACAUCCUCAAGUUUAUGAGACAUUUGGGGUCGAGUCCAUGCGAGAUUAUUGAUCACUGAUCAGUUGAUUUGACGUCCAUCAUGUCGAGUCGUGCUUUGCGUAGGCUGAAGGGCGAGCAGCGCGCUCAGGCCGCUUUACACGCGCUCAAACUUACUGAGGAAGAUGACAAAGAUGAAGACGAGCAGAUGAAGACUAACACACAAGCAGCCCAUAAGCAGAAAAACAUCAGCAACAUAUUUGAGCUGAUAGGUGAGGCUGAUGUGGAUGUAUGUCCGUCAGAUGAGGAGCCCGCAGAGGGAAUCAAUGACAGACAACAAGGAGCUCCAAUGGGGAAAGAUGCUGUGAAGAAUGAGAAGUCAAAGAAAAAGAAGAAGAAAAAGUCACCUGCUGAGAAUGGAAAGGACAAUUUGGGUGCGGGAGAUAAUAUUGACGCUAUUUUAGAGACCCUGGAGAAGAGUAAAGGCCUGUCGCGUCAGAGCACAGACAACAGCGCCUCUGAACACAGACCUGUGUUGUACGUGGAACACAGGAAUCUGAAUCCAGAGACCGAGUUGAAGAAGUAUUUUGGAGCACGGGCCGUUCUGGGAGACCAGAGAAAAAAACAGAGACAGAGGCAGUUUCAUCGUUGCUCGUGGAUGACUGUUUAUAAAGACACGUGGCCCCGCUUCAGUCGACCAGGUAUCUCCAUGAGUCUAGUGGAGUCUAAAGAUGGCAUUCAGCACUUCACCUUUGAACAUAAUCGUGACUAUCAGCAAGUCCAGUUCAAGUUUUUUGAUGCAGUCGAGUCAAUGGACCCCAACAACAUUGUGGUUCUUCUGCAACUCAACCCAUAUCAUAUUGAUUCACUCCUGCAGCUGUCAGAUGUAUGUCGCAUACAAGAAGAUCAAGAGACAGCCAGAGAUCUCAUCGAAAGGGCUUUAUAUAGUUUUGAGUGUUCAUUCCACCCUGUGUUCAGCCUGACGUCUGGCAUGUGUCGACUGGACUAUCACAGACCAGAGAACAGGGCUUUUUAUUUGGUGCUGUUCAAGCAUGUAAUAUUUCUGGAGAAGAGAGGUUGUCCCCGCACAGCCCUAGAGUACUGCAAACUGAUUCUGAGUCUGGAUCCAGAUAAUGACCCUCUCUGCAUGCUGCUGCUCUUUGACUUCCUGUGCCUGCGCUGUCGCGAGUACACCACCCUCAUCCGUCUCUAUGAGGAAUGGGAGGUCCAUCGAAAUCUGUCCCAGCUGCCAAACUUUUCCUUUUCUGUGGCUCUUUCCUACUAUCACCUCAGCCAACAGGAAGACAUUUCACCUGUGGAGAACCAACAACUAAAGCAGAAAUCCAAUGUGCUCCUGCAAAACGCUUUAAUCAUGUUUCCUGGGGCACUGAUGCCCCUUUUGGACUUAUGCACAGUUCAGCCUGAUGCUGCAGUGUCUUCUCAUGCAUUCUUUGGACCUUCAAUCCAAACUGGGCAGCCUCCUGCACUCUCAGAGUUAGUGUCCCUGUAUGUGGGCCGCUGUCACAGCCUGUGGAAAGAGGCCGGACAGAUGCUCUGGUUGGAGGAGAAUGUCAGAAAAGUGCUCAAGAGGGUCGACACACUCGACCCUUAUGUGGAGGACUGCCAAAACAAGAGGAAGCAAAGAUACCAGAGUGCUCCCAGGAAUAUCCAUAGACAUGUGCUGAUGUCUGAGAUAAAGGAGGCAACAGCUACUCUUCCUCUAGAAGUGACCACACAGCCAGGAAUGGGUUUUGACCCUCUCCCUCCUUUGGACUCCAUUUUGUCUUACACCAGACCAGAAAGGCAGAACAUGGGGGCCUCAAAUGAAAGCACAUUGUCUUUGUUUUUCCGUUCACUGCUACCAAACUUCAACCUGCAGGUGAGUGAAUGUGCCACAGUAUGUCCAAGCACAAUUUACUUCUGUUUAGAAUUUUCAGGUGGUGUCUUAUGUACAUUGUCACAAAACAUUGUCACAAAAGUGUAUAAACAUUAG